GAAGAAGCUGAUAAAACAGAGCUGGCUGUUGUUGGGCUCUUCAAACAUGCGCAGCCAUGGGAAACAGAGUAACCAAUACCUUGGAUAAGUGGGGUUUAAAUCCAAGGAAGCUGAGUUUAAAGCGGUCAAAAAGAAAAGCUCCAUCCGCAGCUUCAAUUCAUCAGACUGUAGACCCUCACAUAUAUGACAGUGUGACAGACGAGCCCCAGUAUGCCAGAGUGAACAAGAAGACGAAGAAGGAUUCUGAUGGCCUGCACUAUGCAGAAAUUCAGGUGCUGCUGUCCGAAAAGCAGAGGCCCGUGCUACCCAAUAACUCGAGCACGGAAUAUGCAACCAUAGACUUUCUGAGAGGUGCUAAACUAAAAGAGUCUGCAGAACCUGCAGAUAUACUUAUUCCACCUGGAGAGCUUCAGAGGCUGAUGGUUAAGUCUCAAAAGAAGAGGAGUUCUUCACAUCGGUCUGUCAUGGUGUGAAUAAGUGAUUAAGAAAAUGUAUGUAGUUUUAUAAAUCAGGAUGAGUUGUUUUUUUUUUUUUUAACGGAAGACCAAAUAUAAGUGAAUUUGUUACACAUUAAUCAUAAUGAAUUAUUUCUAGACCUAGUAGUGCACACUGGAUAUUCUCAAAUGUUGGACAAAAAUGUGAAAGAACACUGUAGCAUGCUAUUAGUGCUUGUGGUUAGUUGAUUUCGUUGUCACAGUAAUGUAUGUUUACUGAUCCUAUCUAUCACACUAAGCUUCCUUUGCAUAAUCUAUCCAAAUAAUUGCAGGUAUCUUAUCUGUAUUCCUAUCUUCUUCAUAUCUGGAUUUGCUUUUGGGAAUGGGAUACACCCAUGCCUGGCUGGUAUAAAUGGGCUCAGCAGGGCUCCCUGCUUUUUUUUUUUUUUUUUAAGAUAAAAAGACAUCAGUGGGGUUUAACUUUUGGCAUCCACAUCAGAUUCUUUGCUGUUUUGGAGCAAAUUAUUUUGCACUUUUGUAAAGCCACGUGCGAUCACACCAACAAUAGAUUUAAGAAAAAGACAUAGAAUGCUAUGAAGAAGCAAGGAUUGGGUUGAUUUCUUUCUAGCCUUGAGUGUAGAUUCAUGCCAAUCCCUUGACAGCAGCACAAUGCAUAAAAUCAUGCAGCUACAAAUCAAGAGCUUCAGUUAAUGUUCACUUUAAACAUCAGAAUGGGGAAAAUUGUGAUCUCAAAGUGUGACUUUCACUGUGGCAUGGGUGUUGGUUUGAGCCAGAUGAGCUGGUUUGAGUAUUUCAGAAACUGCUGAUUUCCUGGGGUUUUCACACAGCAGUCUCUCAAGUUUACACAGAAUGGUGCGAAAAACAAAAAAACAUUCAGUGAGCAACAUUUCUGUGGGUGGAAAUGCCUUGUUGAUAAGAGAGGUCAGAGGAAAAUGGCCAGAUUGUUUCGAGCUGCCAGGAAGGAUAUAGCAACUCUCUACAACUGUGGUGUGUCGUUUUUUGAUUACACAAAAUGAUACACCUCGUAGAUUUGAUCUCCAUUUGGGAUGAUAGUCAUGAUUGAGUAGGCACAUGUGAAAUACUAUUACAGGCAUAAUGAACAUGAACCAAGUGAAUCAUCCUUUUUGGCCAAAAUGAGGAAAAGUUAAAAGGAGAUAGAUUAAGCACACAUUAUACAAUCGAAGUACAAAUCACACAACAGUUAAAAACAAAACAAAACAAACAAACUUUCUAAUAUUAUCUUAAAUGAUUGUAGGAUACAAAAUGAGCAUUUAAUUACGUGACUUUAAAGAUUAAUGACUGAAUUACAUAUUAUUAUUUUCAGAAACCACAAGUGUUAUACUGCUUCUAUGUAUUCCCAACUAAUGAAUUUGUCAAGGUAUUAUGUAAUAAUAGAAGAAAACCAACUCUUUUGAAAUCACUGUGACAUUUUAAUUGUCAAGUAUAGAUAAGGUCUGUUUAAAAAAAUAUGUACACAAUUAUUACAUGUAGGUUUAUAGAGUUUUAGAAGAAGGAAAAGAAACAAAUGUAUGAAGUUAUGCUGAUGUGUGUGUGUAAAUAUUUGCCCCUUUUUGGUACUUCUUGUUACAAGGAAAUUUUGAUUGUUGUACGUUUAUAAUAAAAAGGAAAAUAAAUCUUA